AUAAAAAUAGAAAACGCUCCUACGUAAGUGCUCCCUCCCAAAAAAGCUUUCCUACAUUUAUAAAGACAAAAAGACAAAAGGAAGAGAAGUUUUGGCGCGAAAGAAAUUAACUGACAAAAGUGUUUAUAACGAUUCCAGCGGAGUGGCCUUUCAAUUCUUUAGAAUGAUUACAGUUACAGAAAUUAACGAACUUCAAAAAUGGGGAUAUGCCUUGUCAAAAAAAAAAAAAAAAUGGGGAUAUGCCUAACUUGUCAACCCCCAAAAAUAGUCUUCUUCUUCUCCUCCUCAUCAUCAAUCAUUACUGUCUCUCCGCCAUUUUCUAACCUCCAUCAAUACAAUAAUAACCCACUUUCUUACAUUACUUCUUCUCUCUUUCCCCAAACUCCUCCCAUUUCAUACACACUAGGCAAAUUUUUAAGGGCGUUCGUUUCUGGCGCUUGUGAUAUGAGUGUUUGAUACUUCUGGCCCUGGUUGGCUCACUCUUUUAAACCUAUAACGAAACAAUUCUCAGAGAGUAAAAGAAAAAACCAUGUCUGGGCCUUUGUCUCCAAAAACAGUUCCUGAUUUUGAGAACUUUGAGGAUGAGAGGAAGACUAGAAUUGGGUCUUUGAAACAAAAAGCUAUUAAUGCCUCAAGCAAGUUCAGGAAUUCCUUGACUAGAAAGGGCCGAAGAAGUAGCAAAGUCAUGUCUGUUGAAAUAGAAGAUGAGCAUGAUGCAGGCGAGGUACAAGCUGUUGAUGCCUUCCGUCAAGCACUUAUCUUGGAGGAGCUAUUGCCUGCUAAGCAUGAUGAUUACCAUACUUUGCUUAGAUUCUUGAAAGCCAGGAAAUUUGAGGUUGAGAAAGCAAAGCAAAUGUGGUCUGACAUGCUUCAGUGGAGAAAGGAUUUUGGUGCUGACACUGUUAUGGAGGACUUUGACUUCAAGGAACUCAGUGAGGUCUUGGAAUACUAUCCCCAAGGAUAUCAUGGAGUUGAUAAGGAUGGAAGGCCUGUGUACAUUGAGAGACUGGGAAAAGUAGAUGCUACCAAGUUGAUGCAAGUAACUACAAUGGACCGCUAUGUGAAGUACCAUGUUCGAGAGUUUGAGAGGGCAUUUGGUGUUAAGUUCCCAGCUUGUUCAAUUGCAGCAAAGAAGCACAUUGAUCAAAGCACAACCAUAUUGGAUGUGCAAGGCGUGGGACUUAAAAGUUUUACCAAAUCUGCCAGGGAUCUGAUCACUCAACUUCAAAAGAUUGAUGGUGACAAUUAUCCUGAGACCUUGAAUCGCAUGUUUAUCAUUAAUGCUGGUUCCGGGUUUAGGAUGUUGUGGAACACUGUGAAGUCCUUCCUUGAUCCAAAGACCGCUGCAAAGAUCCAUGUUCUUGGAAAUAAAUACCAGAGCAAGUUGCUGGAAAUAAUUGAUGCCAACGAGUUGCCAGAUUUUCUCGGUGGUACUUGUACUUGUGCCGAACAUGGAGGAUGUAUGCGUUCCGACAAGGGUCCCUGGAAGGACGCAGAAAUAUUGAAGAUGGUUCAAAAUGGUGAUCACAAAUGUAAAAGUAAAUCCGAGAGCACAGUUACUGAGGAGAAGACAGUAAUUGAGGAGGAGAUAGUGCACCCCAAGGGAUGUGAUUCUCACCAUAUGGAGACUACUUUAGAAGUAGCUGACAUAGCACACCUCGCUCCAAUUCUUGAGAAAAUAAACUCUCAGAUUCAUGUUCUGAGAAAAUCCCAAAAAUUUCGCAAGUACGAUGACUUUGCUCCAAUGGUUGACAAAACUGUUGAUGCAACAUGGCAAACCGUGGUGGAUAAUAAUAAUUUUUCCCAAGAAAAUUGCAUUACCAGGCAAGGCAGUAGCAGAACAUCAGAAGGGCUUAGCUCCCAUAUUUUAACAGGUGUUAUGACCGUUGUCAUGGGAAUCGUCACCAUGGUUCGUCUCACAAAAAACAUGCCCAAGAAGCUCACAGACUCAACCUUCUACUCUAGCCCCACUUACUGUGAUGAUGAUAGCCAAAUAGUUUCACACCAGUUGCAGGGCAACCCCAUGUCCAAUGCAGACUGUAUGUCUGUGUUGAAACGAAUGGCAGAGUUGGAAGAGAGAGCCGGUGUUUUGAGCAUGAAACCGGUUACCAUGCCACCAGAGAAGGAAGCCAUGCUGAACACUGCUUUAAGCAGGGUUGAUGCUUUAGAGCAAGAGCUUAUGGCAACUAAGAAGGCUUUAGAGGAAUCACUUGCCAGACAGGAGGAGGUCUUUGCUUAUCUUGAAAAGAAGAAGAAAAAGAAGAAAUUGAUGAUGAUGCCAUUCGGCUGGUAGAUUAUUAAUCAAUAUUAUUGGGAAGAUGCCAAAGACCCUUAUAAUUUUAUCUCCAAGCAAAGUUACCUUUAUUAUUAUUUUUUUUUUCUUUCUAUUUAUGUUGUUUAUUAUUCCUUAAUUAUUAAGGCUUGUAUGAAUCACAAAUUUUGGUCAAGUAUAUAUCAAAAGUAUCCAUUUCUUCCCAAA